AGCCGUGCUGAUAAUUUUCAUGCGUCCCACUCCCCCAACAUUGGUUUUAAUAUGUUGAUUGUUUUGUUAUGCAGUAAUUUCUACUGAGGUGCUUCCUACGUACUACUUGUUCCCCAUUGCUUCACUUUACAACUUUUGAAAUCUUCUGUGAUGUCUUUAAUUUGAACCUGUUUUUCAUCGUUCGAAAACACACAAAUAGGCUACACCACUCGUCCAACUACACCACAAUGUUGGACCUCACCAAAGAAUAUGAGUAUAACGACGCACCUAAGCACAAGCAUUCUGUGGCGGUGGUUCGUAAUACCUUUGCGCGGGUAGAGUACGGAAACGGAGACGUCUAUGAAGGCGAAUUCAGAGACGGAUUUCGACAUGGGACUGGAACGUACCUAUAUUCUAAAUUCACAGUUGCUGAACCGUGCCACGGUGGAUCUAAAGCACGCUCGUGAGACAUAAAAAACUAUAUUGCCAUGAAAAUAGUCCACCAUCUCCUAGUUCCUUCGCCACCUCGAACGACCACCGCACCCACACGUGCCAUUCCUCCAAAACCAACAGGUACCAUUUCUCCAAGACACCUGGUACGAGAUAUGAAGGUCAGUUCGUAAAGGAUGAGUUUGAGGGCCACGGCGUCUACUUCUACGAAGGUGGAACCGUCUACAGAGGCCAGUGGUAUGCGUCGUACAAGCAUGGAAAGGGCGUCUUUGUGAAUCCAGCGGAGAAGACGGAGUAAUUUUUGUUACUUGUUUCAGCAUGAUGAAAAUUGUCUAGUCGUAAAAGUAAAGGUAACGGAGGGCAUCUACAGGUAGAGGAGGUAAUGCAAAGUAAGUGUCUACAAGAACGGACGACUUUUUUCGAUGAAAACCAACUUAAUACAACUCCAACUACGCCAUGUAAAAAAAAAUAGAUAAACAGUGAUUCUAUAUCAGAUACGACGGCGAUUGGUGCGAAGGCUUCCGACAUGGUCGUGGCAAAAUGACGAGUCCCGACUUCACCUAUCAUGGCGAGUUCGAGCACGAUAAUAUCAACGGUAGCGGAUCCAUGGUUUAUACCUCUACUGGAAUAAGCUAUGACGGCGAAUUUCAAGAUAAUGUGCGACACGGACGAGGCAUCCUGAAUAGCGAAAACGAGAACUACAAUGGGGAGUGGAGAGGUAUGAUACUUGUUGCGAAAUGAAUAUGAUGAUAACUCUACCUGCUUUGGGUGUACUUAUAUCUUCUAGUUCCGGCAUGAUAAUGCCAUCUUGUGUGACGACCUCACCCCAAGAAGAACGUCAGACCAGAGUAAAUCACCGUCCUCAUCUUCCAUGAAACUUCUGAACAUCAACAGAUGACAAGAAAAAUGGCCAAGGAGUGCAAAAAAUCAAAGGAGUUGGCGUAUAUACUGGUGGCUUUGUCGACGACAAGAGGCAUGGCAAGGGGGAAGUCGUAUACGAAGAAGGACGGUUUAAGAGCUAUUCAGGUACUUCAUCCUUAGCAACUGCUUUUUUGUUUUUCCUUGAGCUUGAGCUUGAUCAAGAAAUUAUAGUUUUGACGAACUACAAGAUCCUGAUCCUUAACGAUGUUGUAACACCUGCCAAACAUCUUCAUCUUUCUCAUCACCACAUUCCGAUCAUCAGGUGAGUGGGCGAAUGAUAUGAAGUGUGUUGGAGAAAGAAAAGCCAGAGAAGACGGGCUUCCAGUCGAAAAAGUAAGCUAUCUGAAGAAUGUACUCGUACGGCGCGAGGUUUGAAGAAAACACUCUAGAAGAAGUUUGUAGUAUUUUUUCCCUGCCUGAAGUGAACCUGAUCGUGAUCGAUCCAUUGAUCUUUUUAGUUCUUUUUGAGUUUUGAGACUCUCCAUGUCUGCUCUGGUACUACCGUAAAAGGACAAGCAAGUCAUGAUAUAUAAGAUGCAGCACCCCAAUGCCAAUGAUCAACACAUUUCCAGCAUACUUACCUACUCAUACUAGCCGCACACGUCACAGGGAGGUCGGGUAUACUAGCCAUAAUAUAGUCAAGUCGUGACACACAUGAGAAUCCAGUGGCGAAUGGAAAUGGUGCAUCUUCAACUCUUUAAUGAGAAUACGGCGACCUUUUCUUGAUGUUCUUGUUCAUACCUACUUCUUCAUCAAGAAGAAUCGAAUCAAAAAAAUGAGCGUCCU